UGACACAUUUUGCUUUUCUUACUGGAUCCGUACUCCAAUUUAGGCCAUUCUCAAUUACAUCUACUCUUGACUUUGUGCGUAAGAGAAAAGGUCUGUUAUGGGUCCCAUUUUCUGCAUUAUUUAUUUAUUUAUUUUCAUGUAAACUGCAGUCUUCAUAUAAAAACUUGAUGAUUGAAAAUUUAGACCAGCGUUUAGGGCCCAGUUAGAUGUGAUCAGGAUUAUCAAGUCCGCCCAAACCUCAGCGUUUCUUCAGCGACAUGGCUCGACCACGACCGCGGGAAUACAAGGCAGGAGAUCUGGUUUUCGCAAAGAUGAAGGGAUACCCACACUGGCCAGCGAGGAUUGAUGAGCUUCCAGAAGGAGCGGUCAAACCUCCUGCCAACAAAUACCCAAUCUUCUUCUUUGGGACCCAUGAAACUGCAUUCUUAGGUCCAAAGGAUCUUCUGCCCUACAAAGACUAUAAAGACAAAUUUGGCAAGUCAAACAAGAGAAAAGGUUUCAAUGAAGGCUUGUGGGAGAUUGAAAACAACCCUGGAGUCAAGUUCACAGGUUAUCAGGCCAUGCAGCAACAGAGCUCAUCAGAAACAGAAGAGGGAGGAAACACUGCCGAUGGCAGCAGUGAGGGUGAUGACGGUGACUCUGUUCAGGAAGAAGAUAAGAAAAAGUUGAAGGAAGACAAGACUGGAUCCAAAAGGAAAAAAACACCCUCUUCUAAGCAGCAAUCCUCAAAACUGUCCAGGGUCUCAUCUGAAGAGGAUGACCAGGACAGGGAUGGCAAAGAUGAAGACCAAAAGAGUGACUCGGAGGGAGGAGACCAUGACAACAACUUUAUCCAAAAGACUAUCGACGCUAAGAACCAGCUGCUCAUGGAAGAGCACUGAAGGAGAGAACAUGCCAGGAGGAUCCCUCUUUGUAGCGAUGAUGUUGGAGAAUUGAAUCAAGUACCUGGUUUGUCAUGUUCAGCCAUCACUGACUGCAAUCAUCACCUCCAUCUCUGUGCUGGACUCUCAUUUUUUGUAUGUGAGAAAGUUGCAUCAUAAAAGCUUCCAGAAUCCAACCUGAGGAGAAAAUGAGGGCAAAACUGGGCUUUCCAUUUGUCAGCACUAAUGGCAGAGCUGUCAGAAUUCAAAUAAAGGCUUUUAUUUUUUUCAACAUAUCUUGGAAUACAAUUGUUUAUAUUAUUAUGGUUGAUUUAUACAUUUACACAAUUAACAUCUAAUCUAGUCUUUGUGUUUACUAAGCCUUUCUUCAAACGAAAAAAAAAAAAACAGAAUAGAGAAGAACUGCCACUGAUUAAAAACAAAUCAAAAGACAUCAAUAAAGUGUACUAUCUUAAGAACAAAGUAUGAUUUUACAUUACUCACUAAAGAGUUCCAUCUGGGACACAUUUUGUCAUUCUUUUUUGGGUGGGUUUGGUUUUUUGGGAAGUGUUAUGCGAUCAGAUACCUCAAUGCUCAGCUGCCUCCUCAUUCUAAAGCUUCCAGACUAAAAGAUUCUGAAUUUUCAUAUUAUUUUGCUUAACUUGCAGUUGAAUGGAGUCCAGGAUGAUUUUGCAGUUUUAUGAAAACAAACAAUCUGAAACAGUAAACAAUGUGAGGAAACAGCCAGAUAGCUUACUGUACAAAUGUAAUGGUGCGUUCACAUCAAACGCAAAUGGAGGUGCGUUGAGGGCCCGUCGCAGCGUGUUUGAUGCGUCUAGCGCGCCGCUAUUUGAACUGUUUGGAGUGUUUUGAGUGUUUGACAUGCCAAGAGUGUUGAGUGCGUCGGACAAAUAGGCCGUCAAUGGAAAACAACAGGUAGAGAAAUUUCGAUGCGCUUCCACAUAGACUUUGAACCAGAUGCAAAAACGCUAGAUGUAGACCAAAAUUUCAAGCGUCUCCAUUCAAAGUGCACACAUGUCGAACUUGAAGCAUCAGACACAUUCGGUGUGAACACACCGUAACUUCUGUCUCAAUUUAGGAACCUUCCAGUUUACAUUUGAUUGUCGUCUCUGAUUGACUGCGAUUAUAUAAACACAUUACGUUUGCCAAAUGGAGCCGCCCCAUAAUGUAUUCUACUCCUCUCUUUGCAGACCAUAAAUGCUUUUCUAGAUUCACCCCUAGUGUAGUGUUGCUGAUUUUAAUGAGCAGAUGGAUUGUUAUGACUGUUCUUUGCUUAUCUACACAACAAAUUCAAUUUAGCAACAGAAUGUAUAAAUAUAGUAUUUGAGAAUGGACAGCACUACGAGAAAUAGGAGGUCUCAGUUUGAGAAUGAAUCACUUAGCCAGCUUCUGAACAGCCAGUUUUCUCUUUCUCCAUUAUCCAUUCUGGAUAAAAUGUUUUUAAAGCUGGGAUUAUUCCGCUAUGUCUUAUUUAGGCCAGGCUUUCAAAUUAAACACGUUAAGCAAAUUAAAACACGUGAAGCACCCUGGUUCUAGUGUGAACAGGUGUGAAGCUUAAAAUGUACUAGUACAUGAAUGUUUGAUGAAAUUAGCAGCUUAUUUUCUUGUAGCUUGGUUCUCCAGACUGUUCAGUCCAGAGUGGGGUCAGUUGGGAGCUCAGUAAAAAGAUGGACUCCAUGCCAGGCGUUUGACUCUGCCUUAUAAUUUUGCCAGGCAGAUUCAGGUGAACCUAUAGAUGUUCUGGGCCCAAAGGUAGACACAUCCCCUGGCUUACUGUUUGUCUGUUCUCAUCCCAACUCUAGCAUGAAGUUAAAGAAAGAGGCAAUUGUGGUCAUAGACAAUUAUUUGUCUCUACACUCAAGUCAAUGCUUUUCUCCCCUACACUGGGCUGUACCCACUUUUAGAUAGGAGCUGAAGUUUGAGGACUGUUUUGGCUCAAUGAUUGAGCCUUUGACCCUUUAACCUUUGGAUUUAAAGGACUGAACUACCUCGUCUCACACUCAGCUUCUACAGAGUUCUGCUAAAGACCUAAUUUUAUGAUGAAGGUGUGUUGACAGAAACACUAAAACUAACUAAAACAAUUUAUAAACGAAUUUUAAAUUAAUUUUACUUAAAAAACCCCCCAAAACAAAUAAUACCAUCAUUGUCAGAUAAUUUAAAAAUAUAUGUGACUAUUUAGGACAACAUUAUGAAAUAUAAUGAUUCUGUAUUGGUUUCUAAAAUAUUUAUUAUGAUGCUGAACCUCAGCAUUCCAACUUUUGAAGCAUAUUGUCUAUCUCAUACCUCAAAUAUAUUUCUGAAAAAGUCCAGAGCUUCAACUCCCAACCUCUUUUGGAAAACAUCCCAAUAUAGCUCCUGAAAAGCCAGAAAUGUCAACAUGACCAUGUUUAAGUUCAUAUGUUUUCAUUGUCUUUAUACAUUUUACAAGUUGUACUAUGUUUGCUUGUUGUUUUUCUUGCUGUUGCUCUUAUCUCUUUCAUACCAACUAGCCAGUUGGAGUAAAGAUGUAAACUACUCAUCUGGCUAUAGUCUCCCAUACGUACAUGCUAUUAGUCCCAUUUUUAAGAUAAACUAAAGUAAAUCAUUCCCAGACUUAAUGUUUACCUCUCCCACUCUAACUGCAGUAUUCUACUGAGGGUGUAGGGAAAUGUUGAUAGAUUCGCAGGCUCACUACUUCCCCAAAUUCCUAUGACUUCACCAUGAAUUAAAUGUUUAACUCUCAGACUGCAGAGUGCUAUUGAAGUCAAAUAUGGGCAAGUUAGACAUUUGACCUCGACCUUCAACAUUUGCUUUCCUUGAAACUUUCACUUACAUUUACUACAUCCUGCUACCAGCAGUAGUGGUAAACCUUUACAUCCUCCCACAUUUGACUGUUGUAGAUACAGAGAAUAAAAACUGAAAGAACUUGAUUGAAAAGAUUUAUUUAAAAGCCAACAUUUGGACAUUUUUAAGAGGUGGUAAGUCUGCUAAAAAAAAUGUCCAAAUGUUGGCAUUUAAAUAAAUCUUUUGAUGUUGGUCAGUAAUUUAUUUAACUUAUUUAAUGUCAAAUAACCCUACCACAAAAGUAUCAAUGAUUCUGUUUGAAUAAUAUAAUUUCUCUUUCAGUUUUAGUUUGUAGAAAAUAUUGUCGGAAUAAGAAUGAGUGAAAGUACUGCAUGUCGUACAGACAGCAGGUUAGGUUUUCACCUUGUGUUACUGUGAUGUUUCAGCCAGUUCAAAAAACACACAUUUGUAAUGCUGAAGCUUCAUACAUUCUUUGUUUGUUUACAUCCAUCAUAUGCUUCCAAAGUUUUAAUGAACCAUAAUCUUGCCACACUCCCUAAUGUGUUCUUGUAUCAUACAUCUGUUUCAAAUUAUGAAUGUGAAAAAUUAGUUUCCAUAGAAACUUUGUACCAAAAUUGCUAGACUGUGGAUUGAAAAUUAUGUUUAAAAAGUGGCUUAUUAGAAGGUAGUUUGUGAAAUGUUUGUUACAAAAGUACAUUAUUGUUGCAAUAACAUGAGGAAACCAUAAAAUGAUGUCUCAUACUUCAACCAAGCAAAACAGCCAGAUGAAGUUGUGGAUAUUUUUCCUUAUAAUUCAUAACCACACAUUAUGUAUAUAGCCAUCAAACUAUUUAUACUGGUGUGCGUACCAACUUGUAUUAUAUUCAUUAUAUCUGCUGUCUGAAAUUGUUUUUCAGGAUUGCCAACUUGCCCCACAUCUCACAGUUUCUCACACACACCCACGCCUGCACGCACACACCCCCACACACCCCCACACGCAUACAAAAACACACAUAUAUAUAUAUAUAUAUAUAUAUACACACACAUAUACAGUAUAUUCUAAAGUCCAAUGACACUAUGGCCAUAUUGCCAAAAGUACUUGCUCCUGUCCCCCACAUACAUGUCAGCUUGAGGGACAUUCCAGUCUUAAUUCACAGAAUUUGCUAUGAUGUUGUUCCAAAUGUCUCUUCAACCUGUUAUGGGAGUUUUUGACUAUUCUUCCAGAGGGACAUUUGUUAGGUCAGAAACCGACGCUGAGCGAGAAGAACUGUGUCAAAGUGUCUCUUUAAUUCAUCCCAAAGGUUUUAAGGUCAGGUCUGCCAAGCAACGAUCCCCUCUAUUACUCUUCACUCAGUUCAGACAGGCAAAUACCUUUCUCCUAACAACUGCCAACUCCAGACUUUCUAACUAGAUUGCCAGAUAAAGGUAUGACUUAUCACUACAGAGAACACAUUUCUAGUGUUAAGAGUCCAAAUAGAGUCCGCACCUUCAAUAGAAAUCGUUUCUCAAUAGCAGAAGGUCCAGACCCUCUGGACAAAGUGACACCCCCUAACAAGGGCCUGGUUAACUGAGCUCCUGAGGGCAGAAAUGUUUGGUGAAGUAGUCACUAGGCCUGUGUCAUGGAUUCUAUACAUCUGUUGCAACAGAAGUAAUGGGGACACUUGAAUUCAGUGAUUUGGGGUAGUGACCCAGUAUUUUUGGCAGUAUAGUAUUUGUGUUGAUGUAUUGAGCUUGACAGAAUUGUUGGUAAGAAUCCUUAUGUGUGACUGUAUUCUGUAACCAUCUGACAUCAUAUGUCAAACUUCUUGCUAUAUAAUCAGAAAAAGAUGAACGAGAAAAAUAGAUAAACAAUAUGGAGUUCACAACUGGGCUACAUAUUGUAAGCCCUUAUUAACAGUGUCUGUAUAUUUUACCUUUGAUGUAGAAUAUAGGCCUAGCAUUUUAUUUGAGAAGCUCUACUACAUCUUUUUAAUGAAAAAGUAAUACUGUAUGUGUUGCCCAGUGUCUUCAAAAUAGGUCACAUGAUAUUUCAAAGCAUUCUGUAGUGGCAUGCUGUUGUACUAAACAUCUAUUUAUUUUUAGUCUGCUGCUCUCAAAGAGGGAAAUGAAGAUUUCCUACAGUAUCUAAAGCUGUUACUAACCUCGAUCACAGCCCAGACUUUAAAGAUGCUUUUUCUCUAAAACAUUACGAACAUGCAAUGUCAUUAUUUAUACUGAAAUCUCUAAACCCAUAAGUUCUUGACUAAAUCCUGCAGCUUUUAGACUAUUUAUUUUUAAAUAAUAAGGUAAUUCACCUCCUGUAUGUUUUUUUUAAUAUUUCUAUGCUUGUGUUUGGAACAUAUAUGCAUUAUGAAAAUUUGUAAUUUAAUGUAAAUUGAUUUUGCUGUGUGUGGGAGACAUUUUUUUUGCUAAAUAAACACAUUGGGAUCCAUA